GCCGCCGCCUGGAAAACUGCGCACAGUGGUGCCAGCGGCUGAGCGACAAAGCGCGUGGCGGGUCGAGGCUGGAGCUGGGCGUCAGGAAAAAACCGCCAGCCAGGCUCGACCUGCCUCCUUCAAGCUGCCAGCCCCAAGAAAAACAGACCAGCUGUUUACCCAAUCCACGUGGAUCAAAAUGCUUCCUCCUUCGGCCGUGUGCGCUACCCGCGCAGCCAGUUGGGCCCGGGCAGCUAGCCCCAGGAGCUGGGUGAUACGCGGCAUGGCAACCGCCGCCCCCGUGGCCCCGGCCGCCCGCGCCCACAAGGUCGUCGUCGUCGGCGGAGGCACCGCUGGCAUGUGCGCAAGCCACCAGCUGCUCCUGAGCGGCAGGUUCGCCCAGGACGACAUCGCAAUCGUCGACCCCGCCGACUUCCACCACUACCAGCCAGGCUGGACGCUGGUGGGCGGCGGGCUCAAGACCAGGGAGGAGCUGCGCAGGCCGCUCAAGAGCCUGGUCAACGACAAGCUCAAGUACUACAAGGAGGCCGUCGGCUCCUUCAGCCCUGACGACAACUCGGUCACGCUCGCCAACGGCGACAGGCUCUCGUACGAGCACCUCGUCGUCGCGCCCGGCAUCAAGAUCGACUACUCGAGCAUCAAGGGCCUGGCCGACGCCCUGGCCGACGACGCCCUGCCCGUGUCCAGCAUCUACGGCUAUGACACGUGCGCCAAGGUCUUUCCCAACAUCCAGGCACUAACGAGCGGCGCCGCCAUCUUCACCCAGCCCGCCGGCGUUAUCAAGUGCGCCGGCGCCCCGCAAAAGGCCAUGUGGCUGGCCCUCGACCACUGGAAGCGCGCGGGGCUGUACAACCCUGCCGACCCGGCAUCGUCGCCCAUCAGCAUCACCUUUGCCACCGGCCUGCCCUCCAUGUUCGGCGUGCCAAAGUACAGCGCUGCGCUCGAGAAGCUGCGUGUCGAGCGCGGCGUCGAGGGCUUAUUCCAGCACGACCUUGUCGAGGUCAACGGUACCACGGCCACCUUUGCCGUCGCCGGGUCCUCUGACAAGGUGACGCGCAAGUUCGGCCUGCUUCACGUCGUGCCCAAGAUGGGCCCCCACGCCUUUGUCAAGAACAGCCCGCUGGGCAACGAGGCCGGCUACGUCGAUGUCGACGACGCCACGACGCGCCACAAGAAGUACCCCAACGUUUGGUCCAUCGGCGACGCCUCCAGCCUGCCGACCUCCAAGACGGCCGCCGCCAUCACGGCCGAGUCGCCCAUCAUGGUUAAGAACAUGCUCCUGGCCAUGGACGGCAAGGGGCCGCAGUCGAGCUACGACGGCUACACUUCGUGCCCGCUGCCCACCGAGUACGGCAAGGUUAUGCUGGCCGAGUUCAAGUACGCGGGCGUGCCCAAGGAGACUUUUGCCUCGAUCCUGGGCGACCAGGCGGAGCCCAAGCGGGCAUUCUACUACCUGAAGAAGGACUUUUUCCCAUGGGUUUACUACAAAUCCAUGGUUAAAGGGACGUGGGGAGGGCCCAAAGGCUGGAGAAGCGAGUAAAACAAGAAAAAGAAGACGAAAAAAAAAGAUGAGGGUGGGGGUUUUCU